AUGAAGUGGGAUGGCCAUGGCGGUGAGAGCCACAUUGCCACUUUGACCCCUCACCACAACGCACAAAGAUCGCUCCUCAACCGCUGGGUUGCAGGGAAGAUGAACGAAGUGAACCCCAAAAAGCAGCGCCCCUACCAUUCCAAAGAGUGCCACGACCUGCAUGAUGCCGAAAAGUUUCGCCGCGACAUCAUCUAUGAGUUCUCUCAAGGACUGCAAAAGAUCCAAAACGCUGGGCUUGGCGAGUAUCGUCUGCGCGACCUCAAUGACGAACUCAAUCGGCUAUUGCGGGAGAAGAAGCAUUGGGAGUAUCGGAUAGUGGAACUGGGCGGUGCAGACUAUACUCAAACAAACCAAAGGUUUCUGGACUCUGAGGGUCGAAUGGUCCAGGGCAAUUUUGGCUACAAAUACUUUGGCGCUGCGCGUGAAUUGCCGGGCGUCCGCGAACUGAUUGCGCCCAAGACCAUGGCGGCCGCGGUGGAAGCAUGGAAGGCUUCGGCAGCACGACGCCAACGCGAGGAGGUCGAAGGCACGGGAAGCAGCAUGGCAGUAGAUGAGGAUGAGGAAGCAGACGGCAUUGCCGAGGUUGCAGCCCGAGCUGCUGCCGAACGUGCUGCGCGCGAACUCGAACAAGCGUCACACCCCGUGGUGCCAAGUCAGAAGGACAUUGAACAGCUGCUCCUCCGCCGGCGCAAGGAGAUGCUCCUCAAGCAAUACGCCUCGGACGCGCUCGUACAGGACGAGCAGAAAACCGCUACGCUCAGCGGCCGUGCUUAA